GAUUCCCCGAGGGGCAACACUUGGUACCCCGUCCAGAUGACUUUGUGACCGCCGUUCUUAGUAGAAUAUUAUCUUUGGAGAGAGGCGUAUAUAAGUUGCUGCCCCCCGAUCCUUUGUUCAGGAAAACCAUUAUCAAAAACGUAGCCACCAGGUCUUAGAUCAAACUUAGAUUUGGAUAUUCCGACACGUGUCUUUACCCAGCUAGAAUAUAUAAUAGGUAACCGCAAAAUGGGUUCGCUCGAAGUAAACCGUGUGGAAGAGCUGGAUGCUCUCGUUAUCGGAGCAGGUUUCUCUGGUGUAUACCAACUGAAAAGGCUCCGGGAUGAGAGCUACAAGGUCAAGCUCGUAGAGUCAGGAUCUGACUACGGCGGUAUCUGGUACUGGAACAGGUACCCCGGAGCUCGUGUCGACAGCCAUGCGCCUCACUACCAGUUCUCUGACCCUGAGCUCUGGAAGAACUGGCACUGGAAGCAGCGAUUCCCUGACCACAAAGAGCUCCGCGAGUAUUUCAAGUUUGUAGCAGACAAGUGGGACCUCAGAAAAGACACCUACUUUGACACCUACAUCACCUCAGCUAUUUGGGACGAAGCCGAGUACAAAUGGGUCAUCACGGCGAAGGACGGCCGGGUCUUUAAGGCAGCCUUCUUUUUGCCGCACACCGGAAUCGCGGCCAGUAGGGCAAUUCCCAACUGGAAAGGCAUUUCGUCGUUCAAGGGCCUCAUUGUCCACUCUUCCUAUUGGCCUCACGAUGAGCCAGAUCUGACGGGCAAGAAGGUUGCUGUCAUUGGAACGGGCUCCACUGGAGUGCAGCUAUCGCACGCUGUCAGCGAGGUAGCUGGCGAGCUUGUGGUGUUCCAGCGUACGCCUGCUAUGCCGUUGAGAAUGAGACAGGUUAACUAUGCGGUCGACGAAGAAUCCAUGCCCAAAGAGGAGUUGGAGGAAUUCUUCGAACACUGCCACGACCGCUACUGGGGCUUCGACUUCGAACUCCUCCCAAGGAAUACCUUCGACGAUGACGACGCUACACGGCGGGCUACUUACGAGAAGCUUUGGGAGAAUGGUGACUUCACCUUCUGGCUUGGAACUUACUCGGACAUGCUAUUCAACCCCGACUCCAAUCACGAGGCGUAUAAGUUCUGGCGCGAGAAGACUCGAGCUCGUCUUAACGACCCUAGGCACCAGGAACUCUUGGCCCCUACGAAGCAACCCUAUCCUUUUGGAUGCAAGAGGGUGCCGCUUGAGAACGGGUAUUUCGACAUGUUCAAUAAGCCGAAUGUAGACCUCGUCGAUGUCAAUCAAACACCCAUCGUUGAAGUGACAGAGAGGGGCAUUCGGACAACGGAGAAGGAAUUAGAAUUCGAUAUCAUUAUCAUGGCGACGGGCUUCGAUGCUGUUACAGGAGGCUUGACGACGAUGGACAUCCGCGGGAUCGGCGGACAGACCGUGAAGGACAAGUUCCAGACGAAAGGGCCCAGCACGUUCUGCGGCAUCUGCAUCGCGGGCUUCCCCAACAUGUUCUUCUCCAACGGGCCCCAGGCCCCGUCGGCGUUCUGCAACGGCCCCACGUGCUCCGAGAUCCAGGGCGACUGGAUCGUCGACGUCAUGAACCGCCUCCGAAAGGUAGGGCUCAGCAGCAUCGUCGCGGACGAAAGCGGCGAGAAAACCUGGACCGACCACGUGGAGGGUGUGGCCCAUUCAUCCCUUCUUCCGAAGGCCAAGGGCUGGUACAUGGGUGACGGUAUCCCCGGGAAGCCACGGGCGACGCAGAUGUACCUGGGAGGUGUGCCGAACUACAAAGCGAGCCUUGGGAACAGCGUAGCGCACGGAUACAAAGGAUUCCAUUUUGAGGGGUUGAAAAUAUGAUAAACCUGCCGGUGGGAAAAGAUUGCAUUGAGAGAAAAAAGAAAAUCAUUGUACCUACGAUUUUCACAUUACUUUUCACCAUCUAGUCCUUUCUAAUUUCCUAUACUUCUCUCUCAUUUAGGUAUUAUAUUUAUCUAGUCGUAUAAGAAAAAAAUCAUAGUCUGGCCCGAGUACUGAAGAUUGGAAAGCAUGGAUGUGCGUGUCCCUUUUUGCGGUGAAGACAAGACGAAAUAUCUUGAGUAACUCGUCGAAACCUCAUUGUUGGGAUAAUGCCUCGACAAUGACGGCAAUUUGGUCUUCACGGCGCCUCGAUUGAUUAUUCUCG